AAGAAGCAAGGCCCCUAGCUUCCAGCCGAGAGAAAAGCUUUACAAGAUCAUGCACAUGGACUGGUUAAUAUUUGAGGCUGUUUGUUCAAGAAACAGCGAGCGUUCUACCUCAGCCAAUGGCGUGGACUAUAUUGUUCCCCAGUGACAAUCAUCGCUGUUCAUCUGCGGUACUCAUCGCGUACACCGCUAUCGGCAGUAAGUACUCUCACACUUCUGCAUAACCAUGGCAACCUGACUGCGCGCGCACAUUUUCUUCCAAUCUGGUCCCACGCAUAUUUGUUUUGUUAGAUGAUAUUAAUAUGAUUUUUUAGAUGGAGAGACAGUAGUGUUGGCUAGCCCUCGUCAAAGAUGAACCGGACCAAGUUUUCAAUUGACGACAUUCUCAAGCGGAAAGAAAAAUGCGACACGGCUCCUUGCAAUGGUUCUGAAAGAGACGACUUGAAAGCCGCGGUGCCAAUGUUCCAGAUGAAGACUUGCAAUUCGAUUGCGACACCAGAUAGUUGUGUCAAACAUAGCGAGAAACUACAAACUCACACACAGAGCCUAGAGAAAACUGAUAUUUCGUUGAAUAACAUUCCACAGGCUAAACAGGAGCCGUGUUCAACAAAGAGCGAGGAUACGCAGUCCGUUGAUAAUCCUACGCCCGCCGAACAGACAAUUCUAGGGCUCUACGUAGGACAAGAUUCGUUUCAAAACCAUAUUUUGAAAAAUACUGAUUGUUGGCCUGUCCCACAAAUCUGUGAUGUUAGUGAUGCGGCAGCCAGCACCGACUCCGACAACGACAACACCGUGACCGACACUGAUCUUGAAGAACCAGCGGCCAGCCGAUGUACGGCGUUCCAGAACACAGAUAUUCCACAAGACUCGUUUCAUCAUCCAGACCCCGGCUCCAGGCGGGAAGGGAAGCGCAGACGUCGGUCGUCGUUCACGCACUCUCAGGUGGUAGCGCUGGAGAGACGUUUCAGCCAUCACCGAUAUAUCUCGGCCCCAGAACGCUCGCACCUGGCCAAGUCGCUGAAGUUGACCGAGAGACAGGUGAAAGUGUGGUUCCAAAAUCGGCGCUACAAGACUAAACAGAAAGACAUGUUACUCGAGCCUUCUGCCCCUAGUGCCGCACUGUCACCGCAGGGGGCAUUCGCUUUUGGUUUUAAAAAACACGAAUUUGACCCCAGGCUGUUUGGCAGGACAAUCCAUUGGCCGGUCUAUCCUUUCUUUCGGCAGUUGUAUUAUUGGUGAACCGAUAUCGAGUAAUACUACGGACAAUCAUGUGAUGCGUAUGAUACUUCAACUGAGAUGUUACCUAAUGUGUGCACAUAGAAAACAUCCAGAUACAUGGUCCACCGAUUCGCGAGCAAGUCCAAUACCAACACAGCCGAGUCGAGGUCACAUUCUGUACAUAAGUUGUAUUUAUGAAAGCGGAUUAUGAACAACAAUUCUAUGUUAGUCGUUCAUAUUUGUAUCUAUGUUGUUGUAUGCAAAUUACAUAAGUGUAUGGGUGUAUGUGUGUAUGUAUGUAUGUAUGUAUGAAAGGGCUUCCCAUAAACCAAAUAAACUGUACCCUGUAUCGUG